AUGAGUGACCUGGAGGGUAUUAGUUGUCAUAUCGAUGACAGGAUUUCAUCCGUCCAACGCAUGUUGUAUUUAUCAAUUGCAGAAGUACCUCAACAAAAGAUGAAAAAACUUGCAGAAGACCUUGAUGCACUAGAGAGACUUCUGAUGGAGUAUGAAAAAAAUGUUGACCAACACAAAGCGCAACUUGAUCAAUUGAAGGCACUUGAUGAAUUCUUCACAAAUAAUUUGAAGCGUCUCCAACACCUUAAGAACAACGUACCUGCUCAUAUGCCAUCCACAUGCCCACAAAAUGAAAUACAUCUUGAACCGCCUCUGGAACCAGUAAGCAACAAGAGCCAAGCAGCAGGUGUGGAGUCCACCCAGCAGGAAAUUGUUAAAACUGACCUCAAGAAAUGUGUCAAGGAGAUUCUGCCUAUCACAGUGGGCGAGUUUGAAAAUAUCCCUCCGUACAUGAAAGGUCGGGUGUCAUACCAUCAAAUUAACAGUGCCGUGGAGAACAUUAAUGCAGCUGUUGUAGCCAAGUAUAAAAUUGUCCACCAGCCAGUGAAAACUCGCAGCAACCGAGCACGCAACCUGUACCAGCGCUUCAAGGAUCAGGAGACAAAAGAAACCAAAGGUCAGUAUUUUGUGGUGGAGGAAGAUUUGCGUCAAUUCACUCAAAUGAGGGUGGACAAGCGACUUCAGGGAAUUCUGAACAUGUUGCGACACUGCCAGCGCCUGCGGGAGUUGCGAGGAGGCGGCCUUACUCGUUACGUCUUACUAUAA